AUGUCAGCCAAGCCUCCCACGAGUGAGGAACAGUUGCUCCAGCAAAUUGAGAAACUCCAAGUCAUCGCCCGACUACUAACGUUCCGAGCAUGUCGUUCAGAGGAGAUUAACAAGAAGUCCGAUCUGGCUGUCAAGAAGAUGCAGCAGAACAAAGUCCAGUUGAAGCAGCAGUCGCAAAUGGUCGUGGACGAUCUGGAGCAGGUCAUUUUCGCCAUUCUGACGUCCCUGAAGUCCUUCCAGGCCGAGGCCAGGGCGACGCUCUUUGGCUUGCAAACACAGCUACAGACAUCGGAGCGACAGCUUCUGGAAGCGAAUGAGACCAUCGGUAAACUCACGGAGAAGGUUGAGGGCUUGGAGAACGCGUUAGCGGAAAAUCGCCGAAUUUUUGAGAUAAACCUUCAAGCGAUCCACAUAACCUACGUCAACUGCAUGGAAAAGGUCUUCGGACGCCUGCAAAGUGCAAUACUCUCCGACUUGGAUGACUUAAUACCCAUUAACGACACCCUCCACGAGGCGUAUUCCAACAAGUUCAAGAGUUUGAACCUACCCUGCUCUUUUGAGAACAUUUAG